CGCUGAUUGGAUGGCGAGGAAGCACGUGUUCCGGUGACUUGAAGAGUCUCCGGCGUGUAUGGGGCUCUCUGGCCUGCUGUGGAGGCGCUUUUGCCGGCCUGUCAUCAUGUCUCAGGCCGAGGUUCGGGCCUACAGCGGACGCAAGAACAAGGCGCCCAAGGAAACCCUCCGGCAUAUCAAGAACAAAGAGAAGCUGAGCAGGACCGGCUGUUUGGGGCCCCACACCUUCUAUGUGCAGGCUGUGGCGGCCGGGAGCCGGGACUCCGGUGCCUCCCUCUACCUCUUCUCCGAGCACAACAGGUAUCUGUUUAAUUGUGGAGAAGGGACGCAGAGGCUGAUGCAUGAGAACAAGCUGAAGUUGUCCCAUCUGAAUAACGUGUUUGUGACCCGGAUGAACUGGGCCAAUGUGGGAGGUCUGUCAGGUUUGCUGUUGACGUUGAGGGACGUAGGACUUCCAUCCUGCGUGCUGUCCGGGCCUCCCCAGCUGGAAAAAUUCCUCCAGGCCAUCAAGUCCUACUGCGGACCCCUAGAGGACAUUAAAGUUGAGGUACGCCCUUACACUGAUCCUGUGUACACAGACGAGACGAUGACCGUUCACCAAGUACCCAUCUUCACUAAUGGAACUGAAAAUAAAUUGCCACCUCAACCACUGGAUGCAAGUCCCUCAGCUGAGGCUGAUGAUCACAAAGAUGGAAGAACCUCUACAGACCCCAGAUGGAGAAGGGUUAACAGGGGCCCACCAUGUGUCAUAUCCUAUGUCUGUAAGAUUCAUGACAGAAAAGGCCAUUUCCUGGUUGCCAAAGCGAAGGAGAUUGGACUUCCAGUUGGGACCCGGGAGAUUGGGCCUCUAAUUUCACAGCUUAAAGCUGGAAAAAGUGUCAUCUACCAGGAAAAAGAGAUUUCCCCUGCCGAUGUCCUGAGUCCGGACGCCCCCGGUCCAACGUUUCUUGUGGUUGAGUGUCCGACUGAAGACUUCAUAACUCCCAUGACUGAGAAUGAAACAUUAAAGAGACUUCAUGAGGGGAAUCCGGAUGGCGGGGUCACUCUGAUGGUCCAUAUGACUCCGGAACACAUUCUCAAUCACAGCAGCUACAGGCACUGGAUGGAACGGUUCGGCCCAGGGACGGAGCACCUGAUCCUAAAUGAGAGCGUUUCCUCUAUCCAUAACCAAAGUGCCUACAGGAUUCAGACCCAGCUAAACCUCAUCCACCCCCGUAUCUUUCCACAGCUCCCUGAGCUUUCCAGGAAGGAGGCGGAAAAUGGCGUCUGUGGAGUUAAAGCAGAAUGCCUUCUGAAAUACCAGCUGAGACCGACCACAGAAUGGCAGAGGGACAUGGUCACCAGCAACAAAACCUCAGAGUUUGUGAAGGAGGCCUUGGAGCUGCCCGGUUUCAAGGAGGCACUGGAGGAAUGCAGGCUGCUCCUGGAGUCCGAUCUCUCACCGGCUGCUGGGGUGGAUCCGCAGUAUCCUCAGGUUGUCUUUCUAGGAACUGGUUCUGCCAUCCCCAUGAAAACCCGCAAUGUCAGCUCUACUCUGGUGCAUGUCAGUUCCUCCCAGGUUUUAUUGCUGGACUGUGGAGAGGGGACAUUUGGCCAGCUGUAUCGGCACUAUGGCGAUGAGGUGGAUGACAUACUGUGCCAGUUGUCGGCAGUGUUCGUUUCCCACAUUCAUGCCGAUCACCACACGGGCCUCCUCCGUGUCUUGUAUGAAAGAGAGCGAGCACUGAGCUCACGUGGGAAGCCGUUCAGUCCUGUAAUUCUCGUAGGACCCACUAUUCUGAUGACCUGGCUCAAUCAGUUCCACGACCACUGCCAGAAGAUACUCCAUAAUAUCUGCUUUAUCUCGUCAAGAAGCUUAAUGGAAGACAUGGAGGUAGACUGCCCCAAGACCAAAAACCUCAUCUCCUCCCUGCUGGAGAAGUACCAGUUGGAUAAGUUUCAGACCUGUUACGUACGCCACUGUAAAAACGCUUUUGGUUGUGCAAUGGUCCACCAGGCUGGCUGGAAGCUGGUUUUCUCCGGAGACACCAUGCCCUGCGACGCUCUCAUUAAAAUGGGAAAAGACGCCACACUACUAAUCCACGAAGCCACGCUGGAAGAUGGAUUAGAGCAAGAUGCAAUUGAAAAGGCGCACAGCACAACGUCGCAGGCCAUUGGUGUGGGGAAGCAGAUGAACGCCGAGUAUGUGAUGCUGAACCACUUCAGCCAGAGAUAUUCCAAACUGCCGCUUAUGAGCGAUCCUGAAUUCAGCAGCAAGGUGGGAAUCUCCUUUGACCACAUGCGGAUCCGAUGGAGCGAUUUUAAAAUCCUCCCCAGGUUAAUGGAACCCAUCAAAGCAUUGUUCGCCGAGUAUCUUGUAGAGAUGGAGGAAAGGAAAGAGAAAAGAGAGCGCAGCCAGCAAGAAGCCGAGAACUCAGCGGCUGACUCUGUGCGGUCCGCCAGCGGCAAACGGGAUCUGGAAGAGGACGGAAAGGCUGCCGCCGCCUCCGUCAAGAAGAUGAAGGCCUACUGA